UACCAAACGUCGUUUUAGAGGCGACGCUCCGCAAAUUGGUAAAACGGCGCGUUUCAGUCGCUCCGUAUUGACAAUUGCAUCCCUCUGAUCUUUCAAGGAGCCAAAAGUUUGAGAGCUCGAGGAAAUCUAUCUAAACACAGAGAGAGCUAUGAGCAUUCGACCGUUAGAUGAGCUCCCGCCAACGGAAACUCUAGAAAUCGAGAACGGUCUCUCUCUAGUACCGCGCGUCAAGCUCAUCCUCACGGUUUACCCUUCAAUCUCCUCCUCCGCCACUAAACCAAUCGACGAGUGGAAGCUAAAGCGUGCUCUCAUAGACUUCCUGAAGAUCUCCCUCUCCGUCUCCAACACAGUCCCCGAAGAGGACCUCGAAAUCAGACGCUAUAAAGACCUCAAGAAACGUAAACGCGAUGAUCCGGUCGCGCACGGCACUCUCUGCAUUCGAGACCUAGGGUUUCUCAAUAUCGAGAAAGAUAAGGAUGAGGAUUUGAAGGUUUUGGAGAAGAAGUUCCUGGAUUGGAGAAAGUACAUUGUUGAAAAAAUGGACGGAAUCGAGCUGAACCUCGAAGGAUUUAGAUACAAGCUCGGUGUUGCUGUGCCAGAGUCCGAUGACUUUGAGGGGAUGAAGAAAGCUUGGGAGGAGUUUUACGCUUUUGGAAAUCGAGGGUAUUCCAGAGGGGGGAGGCAAGAGCCGGACACUAUUAUAGUGCGAGGGGUUCCGUCCCGUUGGUUUGCAGAGCCGAGGGUGUCUUCGAAGCCUUCAUUGUUAGUUACUCAUACCAUUUUCUCCACAUUUGGGAAGAUAAGAAAUCUUAACGUCGCUGAGGAUGAUGAUCGUGGUAAGGAUGCAGACGAGGAUGGAGGGGAUAUAAUUUCAGGUCUCCUCUGCAAGAUUGUGGUUCAGUUUGAGAAACAUGGGGACUUCUAUAAUGCUCUUAAAGUCUUAUGUGGACACUCAUUGCAGAAGCAAGGGUCUCGAUUGAAGGCUGAUUAUGAUGUAACCUGGACCAAGGAUAGCUUCUUCCAAAAGUCAAGUAGUCAAGCAAAAGAAAAGAGUGAUAGGAUGCCAGCAGUGGGAGGAGGGCACUACAGAAAUGAAGGUCCUAGACAUGAAAGAUACAUUUCUCAGUUCACUUCUGAUGAUUCACGACGGAAGAGAUUCAAGGUUAGAAACCAAGUGAUGAACAUUACAAAUAAAAAGAAUUUUUGAUUUUUUCCAAGUUUCUGAAGCCUUUUUCACAUCAGUAUAUAUAUAGCUUUACAGGCUAAACACUGAAAGUCACUUGUAUUGAAUUUAUAUUCGAUCAUAGGCCCAACCUUAUUAGUGCUUGGGCUGGGCUUGGAAUCUUUCAAGGCCUGGCAAAAUCUGGCCUAUAAUGCUUGGUAAAAAAAUCAGGCCCAAAUAACAUUGAGUUGGGCUUUGGCCUAGACUAUGGCCAUGGCCCAGCUUGCCAUCUGAUGAAGUUUAUAACUGGUUUAACAUGUAGGUCUAUUUUCAUAUACUGGAUGGCUUCAGUUCAUAGAGUUGGUCCCACUAGUUUGUUGGUUGAGGAAGGGCAUGGCCCCACUGCAAAGAAGCAACAUUUUCCUCAUUUUAAAUACCAUUUUUAAUCUGAUUCUAACUGCUUAUUGAGGUCUAUGUACGACGCUAUAACUGAUGGUACAUCCUUUUGUUGAAAUGCAGGAAUAGGGUUGUGAAACAUGGUGACAAUUUUUCUCCAGUUUGGACUUUUCACAAGAAGCCAAUUCUUGCUGCUUCAACUACCAAAUAUGUGAUGUUCUACCUUCUCGAAUUUUCUUUGUAUCAAUAGCCUUGUAGAAAAUGACGCAAAAUUGAGCUCAUUAUGGUGUAGGAGCUGUACUAUAGUUCACAAUUUCACAAUUUGACGUUAUUGGAUUUUACAGUGACAUGGCUUUCUAAUAGCAUAGCAAGUCGUAGUAUUGCCCAAUUAGUUGAAA